ACUUCCGACUUUUCUAAAUUGACUGAAAUCUCCGUGAGAGUGAUCGAGAUACUUCGUACGUGCGAUCAUACGCGAACAGUAAGAGCACGUUGUAAUUUUAUUUGUACCAGAUUCCAUUUCCACUAGUCUCUCUUAAAAGAGAAACGCGCGGUUAAACUUAAUCUAACUCUCAACCUAACCUAACCUUUUGCGCUCGACAACCGAAAUCUCCUUAUAUCCGAAUAAUGCUAGAAUUUACCACUACAUCGCGAAUUCUGUCGCAAUAAGUGCGAAUGUUGUACCGAAGUAUUCGUGAGAUUCGAGAAUCCUCUCGAAUAUAAGUUCUCAAACCAUCUGUACUCUAUUAUUUAUUAUCAUUUUUUAUCGUAAUAAAGCGCAAUGUUAAGAUUUUAAUAGUCAGUAAUCGCGCGAUACAUAAGAAUGCAAUAGUCGCUGUCGAAACGCGUAGUGAGUAAUUAAAUGUUGCAAUCUGGCAUAAAAUAUUAACUGUAAUAUGAAGCACGUUAAAUAGCGAAGAAAUCACAAAAACGCUGGUCUCGAGUACGACUCGCAUGCCGUAGAUAGCGCGUAAUCUUCAAAACAACAACACGCGUCGUUAAAGGAUGACUUCCAAAUCAUAACAGUUUAAACCACGAAAGCGAACAUCUCGGCACCUGUCGCGCGCGAUUCCCGCGUGAUAAAUUCAUUGAAACUUUUAUGAGAGUAAUUACGAUACCUCGCGCGUGUAAUCGUCGCACUGGGAUCGCUGUGAACAUUCAGAGCGUGGUGUAAUUUGAAAGGUUCCGCAUCGAGAGAAACCAGAACUUUUCGUCGUACGUGCCAGCGAGAGCAUAGGACUCCGUUAAAUGCAUAAAUAUUAAUUGCGUCGCGAGUGAACCGGCAGUGACGUGAAAUGCGGACAACGCGGGACGAUGCGGGAUGGAAGCUGGGGACGCCGCGAAUUCCAGACGCGGAACGACGCAGCCCGGGGAUGCAGCGGCGAGUUUCGUCGAUGGAUGGAUUUCAAACGCGAAACGAACCAUGCGUUUACGAGAAUGGGAGAUAAGACGUUCGGUUCGGUGACUCAAAAUUCUCGUUACAUACCGUCAACGCCAGUAAACACUGUCAUAAUGUUCGUGCCUCAACAACAGGCAUGGAUCGUAGAACGAAUGGGCAAGUUUCAUAAAAUUUUAGAACCUGGUCUAAACAUACUGCUUCCUAUUAUUGAUAAAGUUAAAUAUGUACAAAUAUUAAAGGAAUUAGCCAUAGAUGUACCACAACAAAGUGCAGUUACAUCAGACAAUGUGACUCUGAGUAUUGACGCAGUAUUAUACUUGAGAGUGACAGAUCCUUACCUGGCAUCUUAUGGUGUUGAGGAUGCAGAAUUUGCUAUUAUUCAAAUAGCCCAGACUACUAUGAGAUCUGAACUAGGAAAGAUAUCAUUGGAUAAAGUAUUCAGGGAAAGGGAAGAAUUAAAUGUUUCUAUAGUUGAUAGUAUCAAUAAGGCCAGUGGAGCCUGGGGUUUAACAUGCAUGCGAUAUGAAAUACGUGAUAUAAAAUUGCCACAAAGAGUUCAAGAGGCAAUGCAGAUGCAGGUAGAAGCCGAACGUAAAAAACGUGCUGCUAUAUUGGAGUCUGAAGGUGUCAGAGAGGCUGAAGUUAAUGUGGCCGAGGGCAAACGGCUCGCGCGAAUCUUAGCUUCAGAAGCUACAAGGCAAGAACAAAUAAAUAAGGCUACUGGAGAGGCUGCGGCGGUAGUAGCAGUGGCGGAAGCGCGAGCAAAGGGAUUGCAACUAGUCGCGGGUGCCCUCGGCGCAACGGACGCGAAAAAUGCGGCCGCGCUCAGCAUUGCGGAGCAAUAUGUUCAUGCAUUCGACAAAUUAGCAAAAGUCAAUAACACGUUAAUAUUACCCAGCAACGUGGGAGAUGUGUCGACAUUUGUAGCACAGGCUAUGGCAAUUUAUAAACAAGUAAUGCCGGAACAUAACACCAACAGAGAGCCAGUCAAACAAAUAUUAGACAAUUAUGAGUCCAAUGAUUCAGUUCAUAUGCAACACGCAGAUGAGGCUUAUGAAUAUUUUAGUGACAAAGAAGAAGCAGAAAAGCAUAGGAAGAAAGGAAAACAAAAGCCCCAAAUAUCAUAAAUAUAUUUUCAUAAUUCUCAUGUAUUGUUUAUUGCGAUGUAAAUAUCAUAACAUUGAUUUACUAUACUCAAAUCGUUAAUUAAUGAUAUUGAAUUUAUAAUUGUAUUAAAUCUGUUUUAUUUCAUUGAGCAAAACUAUUUUUCUUUAUUUUUUUGUAUUACAAAUUAUGAUAUUACAAAUUAUGAUAUAAGCUCCAUGUGUCAAUAACCAUUUGAGGUAAUUGGAAUUCAUUGUAUUUUCAUAAUUAUCGUAUUAUCAAGAUAUAGCCCUUAUUCUAGAUAAAAUAAACAGUUUUUACAAGAUAUAAAAAUUAUAAACUGGAAGCUUUAUAAUUGCUUAUAAACUGGAACAUAGGACACUAUUAAUAGGUAUAAUAGUGAAAAGAUUAUAUCUAUUAAAGAUUAAAUCUCCCGAUGCUUGUUUACUUGCGUUUCUUUGAUUGCACUAUUACUGGAUUUUGCACAGGCAUGUUAUAUGUUUCCUGAGAAAUUCGAUUUACAUAAUAAAGACCAAUCAUGGAAAAUA